CGGAGGACUGCCCCUCCCAUCCUCCCCAGCCGGCCCUCCCAUCCUUCCCAGAAACCCCUCGCAGUGGAGGACGGACUGCAACUUCUUUCCCCUCCCACCUCCGUGCAAUCUGUCGGACUCCAAAUCCCAUUAUCCCCAGCCGGCACAUCUAAAGGGUCCCAUUACUCCUUGCUGUUAUCCAAGGCUUCAAACUGUGAUUCCCAUCGCCCUUCGUGAGACCGGCUAGUAUCAAACUAUAAUUCCCACACCUGGAAUCCUGUGUGACACACCUGGAAUGCAGCAAUUUGGACCUGAGGGAGCACUUAAAGAAACCAAAGGGGUCAAGAAAUGAGUGCCCCAUUUUUCGGUGAAAGAACAAAUACACCUUUUGCUGUGGAAUAUCCCCAAUUAUCCAAUAGCUCGUUGAGAUGUGAAGACGGUGGCAGGAUGGGGACUUCUCUGCAGAAACGUUCAGAUCAAUGGACACAGAUCAAGCUCUCUUACUCUGCCAACGGUCCUGAUAUGUUCGCCUUAGUGACCAGCAUCUUACAGGAGCCCAAUGAACCAGAAGCUAUUGCAGACUGGGACCCUCUGUCAAAGUUGUUCCCUCCGUCUUGGACCAUGAAUUUGGAAAAUAAUAGCAGAUACUCAAGGCUUUUUCCGACGAAAAUAUGGGAUCAUGAAAACCACACUAAUGUGGUGGAUGCACAGAGCUCUUACGAAGAAAAGUGGGGAGAGGCCUCUCCUACAGAACAGUUAAGCAGGCAACUCAGCGAUCUGCAGGUGAGCUGCUCCUGGCCAGCCCCUUCUCGUCCUUGCUCUCCACCAUCUGAUGAAGUUCUGAACACCCCAGAUCCACAAAACGAGUUUUCUACCCUUAACUGUUUUAAUCAGCAAUCCAACAUUGUUCCUGAAUGCAGUUACGGUAAGAAACAAGCCAGUAUUAGCAGGAGAAACCAUUCCUCAUCACAGAUCUGGGCUGAAUUUUGCGGAGAAGAUCAGGAGAGCACCACACAAGAAGCGCUUAGGGCCAGCGAUACGGAAAGCUCAAGCGCCUCUUUCGUUCAGCUGCCUCAUUCUGCGACGACAGAUGGGGUAUGGGAUCCGGCAGUUCAGGAGAACCCUUUGUGUGCUAAAAGAUGCACUUACGAAUCACCCCAAUCCCUGUCCUUCCUCACAUCCCCAUUUCAGCAAGAAAAUAGCAUCCCUGAAGGCAAACUUCACCAAAACUACCGGCAAAAUUGUCCCGAUAACCUGAGCACCCUGUUGGAUAACAUUAAAAUUAAACAUUCUGCGUAUCCCCUCCGAGAUUCUUCCAAUCGUUUAUCUCCACCCCCAAGUCUGAAGCAUCAAAAUUCAUCCUGUGGUGGUGAUGAUAAACACCUCAAAAGCAGAAGUUUAAAUCCCCCGAGGGCAUCGUGUGCAACUAACAAAAAGCGAAAGCGAGUAAACGCUUUCUCAUCUGUCCCGUCUGCUAAUGGCUCCGUCGUCCAGACUUUUGGUUCCCAAGCAGCCCCACGAAAAUGCAGCUCUUUGCAAAACAGCGGGUUUUCCAGUUGCAAGGAAAAUCUAAAGCCGCACAAUUCUGUCGGAUGCUCCCCGGUUGAUUUGCAAGCUCCCCAGCAGGAAUACGUGGGUGAAAUUUUGAGGGACGCUUCCUCCCCUGGCUGGCCACAGGGUCCUUCUGCAAACAGGCUCGCAAAAGGCCACGGGUUAGAGAAUGAACCAAGCAUAGACAAUGCUGGUCAGAGUAUGGGGCAAACUGAGAGACGGCGUAAAAUGAACCCAGCCUCCGUUAGUCCGGACUGGACCGAGCUGGAUGCAUUGAGAAGCAAGAAAAAACUGGACCAUUUGUUUCAUUUCAUCAACCCCUCGUUCCUUCCCUUCUUCAUAGACUACAGCCAAAUUCCAAAUUUUCCCGUAUUUCACCCUCCUCCAUUUUCACCAGUCAAUCUUCACUAUGAGAACGUCCCCCAUUUAAGUCAUUUUAUCAACCACCUUUCUUGUGGAGAUGCCUCUGCGCCGUAUCACACGUUCUCACCGCAGCUUCCCCGCAAGAAAUCAGUCCCUAAGGGUGGGCCUGCCCACACGCUCCACGUGUGCCUGGAGGAAUGUUACAAACAGUGCAGGUUGUUAAAAAAAGAGCGGAAAAAGACACAGGCUGACUUAGCAAAGGCUUUUCCUGAAAACUCCUUUGCCAGCUCUGAGGAGAUUCUUUUGUCCCCGCUUCCAGCUAGGCCCUCUCGAGUGGAUCGCCUGAUUUGGAUCCAGUUUCAAGAGCGAGCAACAGUUUGCACCUUACUUGGGAAGAUGGAACACCUUUGUGACGUUUCCAUCCACAGCAGAAUAUCGGCAACGUUGGGGCGUCACUUGGAAGCCAUUCACACGACCCAGGCCAGGCGCAAGGAUGAGAUUCUUAAUGCUAGUAACCAGAGGCCAGGGACAUCAUGUGUCACCAUGGAAAAAGAUAUUCUCGCCUUGGCAUCUGCUGUGAACGAGCUCACAUCCUCCACACGAAAAACCCGCACAACUUUAUGGUGUGCUUUUCAGACUGCUCUUCCCAAAACUUUGACAGGCAAUUCUGAUCUGGCCAGCAUCCCCUUACAAACCAAGAUCCUCAGAAAAGGCGAAGACAAAGAAAAUGAGCGAGUGAAUUAGAAAGAAUUUGCAGCCGGUUAUGAAAUGACAUACUCAUUUUUUUUAUAAAGCAGCCAAUUUAAUUGAUUUUUCUUGUUUUCCCCGUCCUGCUGGCAUUCAAGCCUAGAUAAUUGCAGAAAUCUUAGUAGUAUAACUCUGAAAAGUUGACGCAGUUAAGCAAUAUUUAUUUGCAUUAAAGAUUUUUCACCCAAAUACACCAACGAGGAAGUGGCUAAACCCAUGUAGCACCUUUGUUAAUUUUUGCAAUGCAACCUAUUUUGUUUUAUUUUUCCUAGUUUUUGGAAGAUUAAUAUUUCAAGUGCCAAACUUAAUGGCAAACCACGAUAUGUUUCUCCUUUCUCCCAGACCGAUUGUGAAUAAGCCAUACUUCGAUGGAUGUCAGGAGGUGAAGCCCUGAGUUUAAAUAAAUCAUUGUCUGGAUGAAGUUGCAUGAAAGUGUGGGAUUUGCAUCAGCACCCCGAUGUUUCAAGCUGGGCUCGCUUGCAACUGCGAAGUUCUGAGAAGACUUUUUCAGCAUCUUUUGAAAGAAAAAAGAUGUAAUAUCAAGCACUAAACGGUGUUUUAGGCUAGAAUGUUAGCCAUGCAGAAUAAAUGGCUUAGCACCCAACAUUUCAUCUUAAUUUAAGGAUAGAUAAAGCCCACUGUAGCCCAAAGACCAGUAACUGCCUCUGGGAGUUGAAAAUCAUUUCUUUAUUCCUGUCUGAACUGUUGAGACUAUUAUUUUAUUUGAAAUGUGCUUCUUGGGGGGGAAAAAAUCACUGCUAACGAGAUAUUUAUCUCAAUGAAAAAUAACUAUUUUUUUUCUUAUUUAAGGUAUGUUUUUGAUCCUUGGGCAGAGUUAAUAAUCAGGCUUAAUAGAUGCUCAGGAUCUGUUCAGGUAGGAAUCAUGUAGAAGUAUGCCCAGUGUGUUAAAUUUGUAGGGUUGUUUGUUGUAAUAGUUGCAUGAAACUAACAUUCCUUGAACCUGUUUUGUUUUUAUCAGGAAGUGUUUUUUUUUUUUUGUAAAUUAAUGAGCUGGUGUUUGUCUCUUGGACAAUCGAGUGUGUUAUGUGCCAGGAUGAAGUUACACAAUGACAGUGGGGUUCAUCCCCCUUCUAAGUAUUAAUAUUUUUGCCAACGUAAACCAUGAGAUAGUCUUGGUGUGUGGAUAAUUAAGCAAUGUGUUGAAAUUUUAUAGCUUAAUGGCGAAGUCCUAAAAAGGAAGGAAGGGAGGGCGGGAAUUCAAAUGAUUAGGGUGUGUUUAAUUUAUGUUUAAAAAGCUAACAAAUUGGAUAUUGCUUUAGCAAGUGUAAGUGAGUCCUGAUCUAAAUACUUCAUAUUCCUCAGUUUUGGCUUAUGGAUAUUAAAGAAAAUGUUUUAUAUCCAGACAUAGAUGCAGCUGGAAGAGAGGGGACAGGAAGGACAGGAUAGGAGGGAGGGAGGAAAGAAAGGAAGGAAGGA